UUUUGUCUGUCAGCAGAGCUCAGUGAACGCGUCCCGCCAGCAGAGCGCGUCCCUGCGCCUCGCACAGAAAACGGGGAUGCCUCCGAGUAGAGCACAAACCCACUCCCCGUUUUCCGUGAAACUGUGAAAAGAAAAAGCCCUGUUGUUUUUUUAACACUGUCAGAAAGCCCAUGCACUACGAGCUUUCUCCAGCACCUCCGCCGCUCGCAGGACUCUCCCAGGAUGCUGUCGAACAAGCCGCACACCGGGCACAAAGUGGCAGGCUGUUUGAUUUUCCUCUCCCUCUUUCAUAUCAACUUUUCAGCGUGCAGCUCAGGAAAAGGCUCACAGAGCCAAGAUGAUAUGCAUGUCAUCCACAACAAUCAACUGGACCUGCGGGAGAUAGUGUUCGUCAUCCAGAGUCAGAGCAACUCCUUCCACGUGAGGCAGGCGGAGAGACGGAAAGCAGACUUACUGAAGCAGGCACACAGUCUCACAGAGAAACCACCGGUGGUUUUGCUUCUUCACACUUUAUCAGAUAACGAGGGAGAUUGGAGUAUCCUUCCUCUGCUGCCUUACUUAUCGCACUCCUUCAGGAAAAACUCAUCCUGGAUUUUAUUUCUUGAGGAAGAAACAAAUGUGAAGAUGACUAAGCUGGUUCAGGUCCUUGCAAAAUUUGACAAGAAUAAAGAGUGGUUUCUUGGUAAGCCCCUCCACGACAAAGAGUCGACCAUCAUCCAUCACUACGCGUUUGCAGAGAAUCCUUCCGUCUUUAAAUAUCCAGAUUUUGCCGCUGCUUGGGUCCUAAGCACCCCCCUUGUUGUUCGGCUCGCAAACAAAGUGAAAGAUGAGCCACUUAAGUCUGACUUCACCAUUGAUCUGAAACAUGAGGUCGCCCUGUAUAUCUGGGACAACGGGAAUGGUCCACAUCUCACUGCUGUUCCCGAGCUGUGCACUGAGCCAGAGGACUCUCCUCAGACCCACCACUGUGCCACCACUCUGAGUGCAGAGCCACCUCUCUGUGAGGAGCCUGUAAAUAAAGAAGAUAUAUUUGUGGCUGUGAAAACGUGCAAGAAGUUUCACAGUGAAAGAGUUCCAGUGAUAAAGAAGACGUGGGAAAAGGAUGCCUUCUUUUUAGAGUACUACAGUGACUAUGCUGAUACUUCAAUACCAACCAUUAAUUUAGGAGUUCCAAACACUGAAAGAGGCCACUGUGGGAAAACAUUUGCAAUCCUUCAGAGAUUUCUGAGCAGCUCUGUCCCAAACACCAAGUGGCUCCUUGUUGUGGACGACGACACACUUAUCAGCCUCUCCAGACUGCAAGUCUUGCUGAGCUGUUACAACCCCUCUGAACCAGUAUGUCUAGGGGAGAGGUACGGAUAUGGUCUGAGCCAAGGCGGCUACAGCUACAUCACAGGAGGUGGAGGUAUGGUGUUCAGCAGGGAGGCUGUGGUCCGGCUCCUCAACAGUGGCUGUAAGUGCUACAGCAAUGAUGCACCAGAUGACAUGGUGCUGGGAAUGUGUCUCAAUGCCCUUGGACUUCCUGUCACACACAGUCCUCUCUUCCACCAGGCGCGCCCAGAGGACUAUGCCAGAGAUUUCUUAGCUCACCAGGUGCCCAUCUCUUUCCAUAAACACUGGAACAUCGACCCCAUUGCUGUUUUCAACAAAUGGCUUAAGGAUGACAUUUGGGCAAAAACUUCAGAUGGACUUAAUAAGAGUGCUAAGACGGAGUUAUAAUCAUUUUAAGCACACCACUUGCCUGUAUGAGUAUGUAAGUAUGAAGCGAUUGUGUGUGUGUGUGUGUGUGUGUGUGUGUGUGUGUGUGUGUGUGUUUGUCUUAUGAAGUCAUGGAACUGAAAUAUUGUCCUUCACAGAUGUAAAUGUUUUUGUAUUGUUGAUGUUGAACUAUUUAGAGGGACCAUGCGAGCGUGUGUCCAUGACUUUUAUCUUUUAUCUGUGAAUGUCUUCAUGACUGAGCUGCAUGUUGAGGUUACUGUUAUUUUGGAAAAUGUGUAUAUUUAUAUCAUAUGAAUAAUCUGAACCUUACAAAGGAGGCUCUUCUCCUCUGGGAGAUACUGUACCUUUCAAAAAGUAUCACUAAUGCUGUACAAUGUGCUCUAUUUUGACAUAAAAGUAUAAAUAUUU